AUCGAUUAUUCACUUACUGUCUCUUCAUCAGGAAGAAUGGGGCAUUUCCUGAGUUUGAAAGCGGUUUUCUGGAACUGGAACAGAGGAUAAGACAUUUUUCAGAGAAGAGGAUGGUAUUGCAAGAGGUGCUACUUGCAUUUAAAGAGAUUUUGCAGCUGGAGCUGGGGAACGAUGCAGAGCCAUCUUUCUUAUCUGGGUGCCAAGGAAGGUCAUCAUUCUACUCCAGAUUUCUACAUCUUCACAGAAGAUGUGGAGGAAAAAUAGAGCUGGUUCAGGAGCCUGUGUCGUUCGAGGAGAUAGCUGUGCAUUUCACUGAGGGUGAAUGGGCUCUCCUGGACCCCCCUCAGAGAGCCUUAUACAGGGAUGUCAUGCAGGAGAACUAUGAAAAUGUGACCUCUUUGGUUCUUUCCCUCACCAAUUCGGAUCGAAACUCCUGGGUGGAGGAAGGGGACGAGUUGAUCUCCCUGGGUCUACACCCUCCGGGCUCUGAGAAAGGGAACAAACAUGAAGUCACCAGAACAGUGCAAGAUGGGCAGGAGAAAAAGGAGGAGGAGAAUCCAGCAGCGGAAAAUGCUAAGGGAGAUGAAAAUCCUAAGAAAGGCAAUGUAAGAAAGGCAAGGAAGAACGUAGUGCCAGGAAAUCCUAAGGUGGUCAAAAAGUCUAAGGAAUACAUUCUUAGGAGGAAAAAUCAAGUCUCUGGAAAUUCUAAGGAAAUUGGGCAGUCUAAGAGAGAUGUUCUGAGGAAAAAUCAAGUCCCUGGAAGUUCUAAGGAAACUGGACAUUCUAGGGGAGAAGUUCUGAGGAAAAAUCGAGUUCCCAGAAAUUCUAAGGAAAUUAACCAUUCUAGGAGAGAUGUUCAAAGGAAGAAUCUAGUGCUGAGAAAUGCUAAGGAAAUUGGGAAUUCUAGGGGGCAUGUUCUGAGGGAGAAUCUGGUGCCAGAAAAUUCUAAGGAAAUUGAGUGUUCUAGGAGAGAUGUUCUGAGGAAAAAUCGAGUCCCCAGAAAUUCUAAGGUAACUGGACAUUCUAGAAAAGUUCUGAGGAAAAAUCAAGUCCCUGGAAAUUCUAAGGAAAUUUACCAUUCUAGGAGGAAUAUUCAAAGGAAGACUCUAGUGCUGAGAAAUUCUAAGGAAGUUGAGUGUUCUAGGGGAGAUGUUCUAAGAGAGAAUCUAUUUCCUGGAAAUCCUAAGGAAAUUGGGCAUUCUUCGGGAGACAUUCCAAAGAAUAAUCUAGUGCUGAGAAAUGCUAAGGAAAUUGGGAAUUCUAGGAGAGAUGUUUUGAGGAAAAACCAAGUUCCCAGAAAUUCUAAGGAAAUUGGACAUUCUAGGAGAGACGUUAUGAGGAAAAACCGAGUCCCCAGAAAUUCUAAGGGAACUGGACAUUCUAGAGUAGAAGUUCUGAGGAAAAAUCAAGUCCCUGGAGAUUCUAAGGAAAUUGACCAUUCUAGGAGAGAUAUUCAAAGGAAGAAUCUAGUGCUGAGAAAUUCUAAGGAAAUUGGGAAUUCUAAGGGGCAUGUUCUGAGGGAGAAUCUGGUGCCAGAAAAUUCUAAGGAAAUUGAGUGUUCUAGGGGAGAUGUUCUAAGAGAGAAUCUAUUUCCUGUAAAUCCUAAGGAAAUUGGGCAUUCUAUGGGAGACAUUCCAAAGAAUAAUCUAGUGCUGAGAAAUGCUAAGGAAAUUGACCAUUCUAGGAGAGAUGUUCUGAGGAAAAAUCAAGUCCCCAGAAAUUCUAAGGAAACUGGACGUUCCAGAGGAGAAGUUCUGAGGAAAAAUCGAGUUCCCACAAAUUCUAAGGAAAUUGACCAUUCUAGGAGAGAGAUUCAAAGGAAGGAUCUAGUGCUGAGAAAUUCUAAGGAAAUUGGGAAUUCUAGGGGGGGUGUUCUGAGGGAGAAUCUGGUGCCAGAAAUUUCUGAGGAAUUUGAGUGUUCUAGGGGAGACAUUCCAAAGAAAAAUCUAGUGCUGAGAAAUGCUAAGGAAAUUGGGAAUUCUAGGAGAGAUGUUCUGAGGAAAAACCAAGUUCCCAGAAAUUCUAAGGAAACUGAACAUUCUAAGGGAGAUGUUCUGAGGGAGAAUCUGUUGCCAGAAAAUUCUAAAGAAGACACCUCUUUCAGAAUGUGCAAAGAAAAAAUGUUCCAGGGUCAUGAUAGGAAAAAUGCAACUUGGCAUCAGCACAGAUCAGAAAGGCAGCAGAAAGCUGCACAAAAGACCAGUCAGGAGAAACCAAUUCCUUCUCAGGAUGAUGGUGGGGACAUUGGUCAAACCACUGCCCAGAAGGAGAUCUGCAAGGACAGGAGGCAAAAAGCAUGCCCUAAAUGUGGGAAAGUUUUUAGUCAGAGUAUACUGCUUCUUAAGCAUAAGAGAACCCACACGGGAAUGAAGCCGUAUCAGUGUUUGGACUGUGGAAAAAUCUUCAGCCAGCGUUCCCACCUUAAUAUACAUAGGAGAACCCACCGCAGAGAGAAACCAUAUGAAUGUUUGGACUGUGGGAAAGCUUUCCAUCGGAGCUCCCACCUUGCUUCACACCGGGGAAUCCACACAGGAAUCAAACCUUACAAAUGUUCAAGUUGUGAGAAGAGCUUUCGUCGGGGGCCUGACCUCAGGAGGCACCAGAAAACCCACACAGGAGAGAAAUUGCAUAAAUGUUUGCAUUGUGGGAAAAGCUUUGGUCUGAGCUCUAGCCUUAUUAAACAUGAAAGAAUCCACACAGGAGAGAGGCCGUAUAAAUGUCCAGACUGCCUGAAAGGUUUCAGCCAGAUGUCUCAUCUUAUUGUACACAAGAGGAUCCACACGAAGGACAAACCAUACAAAUGCUCUGUCUGUGGCCAUGGCUUUAGCCAGAAAGCACAUCUCAUUUCACAUCAGAGAAUCCACACGGGAGAGAAACCUUUUAAGUGCUCGGAAUGUGGCAAAAGCUUUAAACUGAACUCAGCUUGUAUGAGCCACGAGAGACGACACAGAAACAACUUGGCAGUUUGA